AAAAGUGAUUUUUAGAUAAAGUAAUUAAACAAGAAAAGCAAGUGAUAUGACAAAAAAUUUGUCUACCAAGUAGAAAAAGUUCAUCUAAUAUAAAUAGCUGUAGAUUAAACACAUAUUUGUUAUUAAAUAAAGUAUACCCUUUAAAACACAAUUGUUAUGCAAAAUAAUCUUAUUUGACGGUGUUUAAAAUAAACUAUAAUCCUAAUUAUUGUAGUUAUAAGAUUUAAUGGUUCACAAUAUCCUAACAUAGUUUGGCCUUUUAUGAAAGGCCUUUGUUACAAAAAAAAAAAAAACAAAACAAAAGAAAAACGUUUGAAACCAAAGAAGAAAGCUUGAAAAUACUAAAUUAUUUUCUAUAUUAGUGUUAAAUUAACAAAUCAAGUUCCUUUUUACAUAAAACUCCAUAAAAAAAUUAACAGUAAUAAUAGUCAAUACCACCACUUGUAUAAGCCAAAGAAAGCAAGCAAUGUUACCGUUAAUUAUGUCAAAAAUGACAGCUAAACUUGAUUCUGUAGUUAUACAUACACAAUCAAAAGCAACACCAACAACGACGAAAACCACCACAGACUACUUAGCGUCAGCAGCAGCAACAACAUUGUCUUCAUCAACACCAUCAUCAUACGCUGCUACUCAAGACUAAAACUGAACUAAAAGCAUUGCGUGGGGGGUCCUUGAAUCAAAAGAACCAAAUUUCAAGAUUCUACAAUAACAAAAACCUUAAUUGCUCCAGAGUAGAACCCCUUAAAAGCAAAACGUGAACUAAACCUUACCAUAAAUAGAAUUAAGCUUCUUUUUUCUACACAAGCUGACAAAAGCAAUUCUCAUACAAUUAUACCACAAUUGGAUAAAAGACGCUUAACCCACAAUAACAUUCGUGCUUAGAACCCAACAACAUUUAUAAAAAAAAUUGUACAAAAUCAUUGAAAAUGUUGUGAGUCCCAUUCCAAUUCUUCCUCGUUAAGUAAAUAAAAUAAAAGCAAUUCCAUACAUACCCCCAAAAUCGCUAAUAAUAACAAGAAAUCAAAAACCCCAUGGUAAAAAAGUAUGUCAACAAAACAAAUAAGAUAAAAACAAAACGUCACAGACAGCCCCUCAAUGAAGAGAAAACCAAACACCCCAAUGAGAACAGCUGAUUUGAAGUGAACAACAAUAAUACUCAUACUUACCCCCAUGCUACGGUGAAACCCCAUGCUCUUGCUCUUACUCACCACACCAAUAUAACUAACCUACCAAAACCUUUCGCCUAGUAAACACCCACCCACCACCUUGCUAUAGAGUGGCAACAAAACACACCAUCUAGUUUACUUUACUCUCUCACCCACUGAGAGCCAGCCAACUAGCCCCCAUACACAUUGCCGCCGAAUGCCAUAUAUGUGUGUUCGUGUUCGUUUGUUUGAGUGACAGUGUUGUGCUGUUAAAGAUAACCCCCCAUUGUUGUUAAGCGGUUCAAGGUCGUAGAGGCAAUUUGUUGCUCUUGUGCACUUGUUAAGCUUUUACAAGAGAAAAGCCGACUAAAAACAACAGCAGCAACAAUAACAACAGUUAAAAAAAAUUAGUUAAACAAGAUAUCAAUCAAAACAAAGCCCAAGAAGAGAAAGAAAAAAAAAACAGAGUGGUGUGUGUGGUCACAUUGCUCACAGUGGAAGCAAAUACACACGCACACACACUAAAAGAAUGCUUGCAAUUGUAGCAUCUAAAUCUGAAAAAACGAAACAGAAAUUUUGUGCAAAUAUGUGCUGAAGUGUCAUGGGCCUCUUAGAAAUAUACAAAGAGCUGUGUGUUGUUUUAUAACAAUUUCAUAAAAAAUAAACACAUGUUGCUGUUCAUCAAUGGUGCUAAAAGAUUGUUUGAAAUAAUGAAUUGCUUAUUUUGAAGUGUUUCAUUUUGUUGUCUUUUGAAAAAAUAACCCCCUCAAGCAAUAACCACCUGUUCCACCAAUUGACGCAGUGCAAUCGACAUUGACAUGGCUUUAUUUACUUGCUGCUUUGAACCUGUGGAAUUUCCUGAGUUUUUGGAUACAUUUAUACAGAAAUGUACAGACCCAUCGUGUUGUUGCGGCUGCUGUUCGGCCUUGAGGCCGCGCUACAAACGUCUGGUGGACAACAUCUUUCCCGUCAAUCCAGAAGAUGGCCUGGUCAAAUCGAAUAUGGAGAAGCUUACCUUCUAUUCCCUUAGUUCACCGGACAAGCUGGAUCGCAUUGGCGAAUAUCUAUACCAGAAAGCAUCCAAGGAUAUUAAUCGCAAACGUUACAAGUUUGUGGAAAUCGCCAUGGAAGCCAUGGAUAUCUUGCUACAGGCCUGUCAUGCCCAGACCACUCUGAAUUUAUUUGUGGAAUCAUUUUUGCGCAUGGUUCAGAAACUCUUGGAGGAUUCAAAUCCAAAUUUACAAAUCUUGGCCACCAAUUCGUUUGUGAAAUUUGCCAACAUUAACGAGGACACUCCUUCCUAUCAUCGUCGUUACGACUUCUUCAUUUCGAAAUUCUCAUCCAUGUGUCAUGGGAACAAUGAGAACAUUGAGCUGCGUGACAGUAUUCGUUUGGCUGGUAUUAAAGGUGUCCAAGGUGUGAUACGUAAAACCGUUUCCGAUGACUUGGUUGAGAAUAUAUGGGAAAAACAGCACAUGGAGAAAAUUGUACCCUCGCUUUUGUUUAAUAUGCAGUCUGGCGAUUUGACCCCGGUGGAAGAUGCUACAGCCGUUACCCCACCUGUUUUGGCCGAGGAGGUGCUGCGUGAAUUGGUUGGUCGUGCUUCAUUUGGACAUAUUCGUAGUGUUUUGAAGCCGCUCUUGAGCCAUUUGGAUCGUCAUGAGCUUUGGGUGCCCAAUACAUUCGCCAUACACACAUUCCGUAUUGUUAUGAUAUCCAUACAGCCACAAUACUCGUACACCGUGGUGGAAACUCUCAUGCAACAUUUAGACAGCAACUUCAAGUCUUCACCCAAGACACGUACAUCCUUGGCUGUGGUCUUGUCGAAAAUCAUCGCUAUUGCUGCUGGUGAAAGUGUUGGACCUUCGGCUUUGGAUAUUAUCAAUAAUUUGCUGACACAUCUGAGGACCAGUGUUAGUACUACAUCGGAAAUUACUCCCGAAGAAUCGCAAUAUCAAGAGGCUCUCAUCAAUGCUUUGGGUGAAUUUGCCAAUCACCACCCGGAUUAUCAGAAAAUCGAAAUUAUGCUCUUUAUUAUGAACACCGUACCGGAUUUGUCGAAGAAAAGCAAAGGCGAUCAAAUGCUGCAGAAUAUUCUCUUGAAAUCCCUGCUGAAAGUGGGUACGCAAUACAGCACUGUGUCCUUUGAAAAGGCAUUCCCGGCCAGUUUCCUACAGCCUUUGUUGAAAAUGGCUCGUGCUCCCCACGAUCCUACGCGUAUUAUUGUUAUGCAAAUUUUCCAGGCUUUGUUGGAUCGUCAUCAGAAUGAGAAAGUUUUGAGUGCGGUUAGCAUAAAACCGUAUGCUGCGCUCUCCCAAGAGACUCCUUCACGCUCGGAUAUUAUUUUCACUCAUAAGUAUGGGGCAAAUAUAAUGCAAGCCUUAAUUGAUAGCAUGGCUCUAUCAGAUAAAUUGGAUUCACUGACUUCAAGUUAUAAUACGGCAGCAUUGCUGAUUGUGGAAAUGGCUUGUGGGGAGACAGUGCAAGAAUUUCUGCUCUUUAUAUUGGGUAUUCAACAAGUGGCCACCACUUCCGAUGAUUUAAGUGUCAUACACAAAUGCUGCCUUAAUAUAAUUGCCAUGGCUUUAUUAACUCUGAUUGCCCGUGUCACUGGCAUCAAUAGUUUGCUCGAAUAUGCGCAAAAGAUCAUCGAAGAUCGCAAACAAGAGGCUACCUACUUUUUGCCUCCCCUUUUGGACUCAAGAAAAUCGAACAAAACCUAUAAUCUAAGUCUACCACAUUUGGCCAUCGACAAGAUGGCUUUGGCCGAGUGUUUACAAAGUGCCGGCAUGGAUUUCAAUCGUUUGCAAACUGGCGUUCCCUAUUCCCUCAAUCAAAUGGAUAAUCCUGGUCAUAGACACUCAUGGGUCGAAUCGGUUAGCAAUACUAUGACUCAACGCAAUAGCUCGGCUGAUUUGACAGCCUAUAAUGGAGAUGCAGAUAGUAUUAGCAGUUCACCGGGUGUCUCAAAGCAUGACGUCAUCCAAAAUCGUCUUAAUGACCUCUUCAAUUCCCUGGCCAUCGACAACAAAACCCCACAGAGUACAACAUCACAAAAUGAGAAGCCCAUAUAUGAAACUAACUUUCCCGAAUUAUUUUACUAUUAAUGCGAAUACACAUACCACAAUUAAAAAUAUUUGAAUAAAAGUAAUAAAUAUUGGC